AUGGCAGAGGUCACAGUCAAUGACGAGUCUUCUCUUAAUACCCAGCUGAUUCAGCCGCAAAAGAAAACAUUCAAGCAACGCUAUGAGGAAUUCAAGAACUCGAACAUUAAAUCGUUAUUGAAUUCCGUUCGCUGGUCCAAUUUCAUGGCUUCAACUGUUACCUUUAUUUUUUUGAUAUUUAACUUCAUCAACAAAAUCUUUAGCCUUGACGUGAGCGGUGCUAUUAUUUCUGGUUUUUGUGUCAUCUUCACCGGAAUUCUCUCCCUUUACGAGUUGCACAUGAAGAGACUCAACAGGACGAUCCGAAGAAAUUUUGGCUUCCUGUUCACUUACAUUGGCCGCGCCAUCUUCGUGUUCUUUAUUGCUACAAUUUUGUUGUCCCUAUGGAAUCUCAUUACUAUUAUUAUGGCCAUCGUUUUCUUUGUCUUAGCAUUUAACAAUAUUAUUGUGAUCGUCUUCCAUCCUGCGUUUAGUACGAAGGAGAUCAAGCUCUAUGACGAUCCGACUAUGAUUUAUAGUUCGGGAGAUAAUGAAAUCAAGAGCUACAUGGUCAAGAAUCCCGAGCUCGCACAGAAGGUUCUUUUGGGAGCGGCCAAACUAUCUUCCCAGUUCACUGUUUGUUUGAAAUGA